UUCAAAAUAUAAUAAAAAACCAAGUAAAAGUUUGGAUUCUCUUAAAAAAGGUUAACCUCCUCCCCAGGCUGACCACGGUAGAACCUCAAUUAUGAGACCUAUAAACAUGUGGGCCCAUUUGAGAUUGCAUGGCCCAAUCCAGAUACACGGGCCCAACUCCCCUGCCAUGAACUUCGAACACAGUAUAAAUCAAGGUCAGAUCGCUAGGGUUUCAGUUCCUGCACUGGAUUAGCCCUUUUUGCUUACUGAAAAAGGCGUGAGGUCUUUUACUCAGUAGAUUAGACAUGGGCGCUCAAGAGAAGGAGAUGGAAGACGACAACCAUACCUCGAUCGCCGGAAACCGCCAAAUAAUUCCGAAGCCGGAGCCGUCGGACCCCAUGGGAACCCCGCUUCCGAUCAUCCAGAUCCCGCCGAAACGCACCAAGGAUCGCCACACGAAGGUUGAAGGAAGAGGAAGAAGAAUCCGCAUGCCGGCCGCCUGCGCGGCGCGGAUCUUUCAGCUAACACGCGAGCUCGGCCAUAAAUCCGACGGUGAAACCAUCCGUUGGCUUCUCCAGCAAGCAGAGCACGCCAUCUUCGCCGCGACGGGCACCGGAACCAUCCCCGCGAUCGCCACCAACGUCAAUGGAACCCUAAAGAUCCCCACGGAGGCACCCGCUGCCGCCAUCUCGGAGGAUGAAACUGGGAAGAAGAGGAGAAAACUGCAGCCGAUGAGAGGGUCCGACAGAGCGUUUAUCUCAUCCGGAGGGGCGAUGUCGAUUCCGGCGGGGUUGGCGCCGAUAACGCCGAUGUGGGCGAUUGCCGGCGGCGGUGCAGCGAUGAUUGCGCCGGGGGGUGUGUGGAUGGUACCGUCGAGUCAGAUGUGGGGUUUUCCGGCGGGGAGUGUGGUAGUCAGCGAUGGACAAGGGGGUUCGCCGACAAAGGGAGAGGGGAAGCAGGAGUUGCAGUUGAUGAGGGAGGCGGCGGAGGAGGAGCAGGAAGGAGGUGGGGAAGAAGAAGAAGGAAGUAGGGAACCCGCGUCUGAAAAAGUACCAGAUAAUCAGUGAUUUUAUUUAUUUAAUUUUUUUUUUUUGGGUGGCAUUUUUACUGAAAAGUACUAAUUAUCUUGUAAAAUUACAUCAGGGAGGUGGUCUAAUUUAGAACUUUAUGUAUUCUUGGAAUGGCUAACCGUAUAUUUGGUUUUUGUUCUGGAAAAAUCUUCGUUUAUUUUU